AUGCUUCCUUCUCGUUCCAUUUCAUUCCUAUUAAAAAUUGCCUUCUUUUUGUUUCUUCUCUCGUCCACAAACAUCAUUUCUCUUCUUCAUGCUCAACACCAAUUAAUCCAACUUUUCAAAGGACAUUCUUGCAAGGGAAAACCCUUGAACCAAAUUUACAGCGUCUCCUCCUCUUCUUGUCAGAAGAUGGGUUGCUACUCUGUUGGUGAAUCGAGUUAUACCAUUUCUUGUCCUGACACUCUUCCAAACUCACCUCAAUUAGGUGAAUACAUGACAAAAUUCUACAGUGAUCCAAAAUGUACUGGAAAUCCAUCGCGUGUUUUUAUUUAUAGAUUGAAUACUUGUAUUCAAGCUUCUAAACAAAAGUUUGGCUCUUACAUGUAUAAGGGUUGUCAAUCUUUUGUGACUUACAGUGAUGAUCAUUGUCAACAAGAACUCGAGACGAAACCUCUUACGAAUAUUGAUUGUUUUAAAGGAAAGAACAUUCAAUGCCUUGAUGCUGCAAUGAAAAGUAGUAGUAAUAGUAUUAGUAGAAUGAUUGGAAUUGUGACCACAUGGUCCUUGAUGGUUGCAGUCUUGAUGGUGAUCGAUUCCUUGUGA